AAAUCAAAAUCAAGAUCAAAAUCGAGAAAAAAAUCAAAACGAUGUUCACAAUCAUUAGAAGAAAAAAGUAUUGGAACUAAAUCAUUAACGUUGAAUAAUAUUAAUGAAGUUGAACAACAACAAGAACAAUUAAAAUCAGUGAAAUCAAAUCAUUCAUCAAUAAUAUUAACAAAUGAUGAAGAUGAAUAUUGUAAAACUGGUUUGAAAAAAUUUGUACGAAGAUUUUUACCUGAUGAUUUUGAUUCAGAUUCAAGAAAAUUAUCGGAUAGAGCACAAGAUCAACCGAUGCUUGAUCCAUCCGAUUCUUGUCAGCCAAAUUUUGGUUAUUGUAAUUGUUUAAAAUUGUACAUUAUAAUUACAUUAUUUUUAGCCAUGUGUGUUUAUUUUACUGAUUCAUGUGUUUAUUUAUUAAUGAUUCCUGAAUCAUUAAAUACUACCUUCAUUACAAAUAAUAAUCUAACAAAAACAACAACAACAACAUUCUAUAACAAUAAUGGACUAAAAUCGAACAUAGAAUCAUCCGAAUCAUCAACAUUGUCAAAAUCUUUGCAAGAUGAAUUAUCGGAAAUGGAAUUUUGUGAAUUUAAAUUUGCAUAUAUUAUAGCAUUAAUUUUGGGAUUAAUAGUUUAUGGAUUAAUAUUUGCCAUCUAUACAUGUCAAUUGAUUAUCUAUUUUUAUAAUUUUCCUUGGUAUCUUUUUGAAUCGAUUAUAUUGGGAAGUUAUUCAUCUGUUUUAUUUCUUAUGACUAUUGUUGCAUUUAUUACAAAUGGACAUCCAAUUGGUACUAGUUUAGUAUUAAGCGAUUGUUUACUUGGUUUGAUUCUUGCAUUCGUUUUAUUUCGUAAUCAUACCGAAGGUAUUGUACCGGCUGCAUUAAUCGUUCAAUAUGAUCCGGAUGGUAAUCUUUUAACACAAAUAUUAUCCAGGCGACAUUUUUUAUGAAAAAAAUAUUUAUAUUCAACACUAAUGGUCAAACAAUAGAAAAACAAUCGUUGAUAAUAAAUUUUUUUGUUUUGUUUUCCAAUGA